GUGGUCAGGUGAUCCGUUGCAGAGCAGCUGUGCAGCCUCGGUAUCGCUCACCAUCAGACAACGGGAGUCACCGGCGCUGAACACACUCAGUUUCUCACCCGAAGCACACGUUAAACUGUUCGGUGAAACGCCGCCUUUAGGAGCGUCGUGUCAGCGAAACGACAUGGGGGACCGAGUAGCUUUACUGCUGCUGGUUGUAGCGGCUUCGGCUCUGGCUGCCGAGGUGCCUACAGAUGUUUCCAUGGGUCUGUUGGCAGAGCCCCAGGUGGCCAUGUUUUGCGGUAAACUCAACAUGCACAUCAACGUGCAGAGCGGCAAGUGGGAGCCGGACCCCUCGGGCACCAAGAGCUGCAUCGGCACCAAAGAGGGCAUCCUGCAGUACUGCCAGGAGGUGUACCCCGAGCUCCAGAUUACCAAUGUGGUGGAGGCCAACCAGCCAGUCAGCAUCCAGAACUGGUGCAAGAAGGGGCGCCAGCAGUGUCGCAGUCACCUGCACAUUGUGGUGCCCUACCGCUGCCUGGUAGGAGAGUUUGUGAGCGACGCCCUGCUCGUGCCUGACAAGUGCAAGUUCCUGCACCAGGAGCGUAUGGACCAGUGUGAGAGCCACCUGCACUGGCACACCGUCGCCAAGGAGUCCUGUGGAGACCGCACGAUGAAUCUCCACGACUACGGGAUGCUGCUGCCCUGCGGCAUCGACCGUUUCCGAGGAGUGGAGUUUGUGUGCUGUCCCGCGGAGGCGGAGCGUGACGCCGACAGCGCAGAGAAGGACACUGAUGAUUCUGAUGUCUGGUGGGGUGGAGCGGAGACUGAUUACUCUGACAACAGUAUGGUGCGGGAGCCAGAGCCAGCGGAGCAGCAAGAGGAAACCAAGCCAUCUGUGGUAGAGGAGGACGAGGAAGAGGAGGAGGUAGCCGAGGAAAAUAACGAGGAGGAGGAAGAGGACGUGCUGGACAACGACCAGGAUGGAGACGGAGAGGAGGACGAAGAGGUGGAAGAGGAGGAGGAUGAGGAGGGAGACGCCGACAUCAUCGACACGCUCAACGACGACGACGACGACGACGACGCCGACGAGCCCACCACCAACGUUGCCAUGACGACCACCACCACCACCACCACCGAGUCUGUGGAAGAGGUUGUCAGGGAUGUGUGCUGGGCCAAUGCAGAGACUGGUCCAUGCCGGGCCAUGCUGCCCCGCUGGUACUUUGACCACCAGGAGGGUCACUGUGCUCAGUUUAUCUACGGUGGCUGCGGAGGCAACAGGAAUAACUUUGACUCUGAGGAGUACUGCCUGUCUGUCUGCAGCAGCGUCAUCCCCACAGCCACGCCCAGCUCCCCCGAUGCCGUGGACCACUACCUGGAGACGCCUGCCGAUGAAAACGAACACGCCCACUUCCAGAAGGCCAAAGAAAGCCUGGAAGCCAAGCACCGCGAGAGGAUGUCCCAGGUGAUGAGAGAGUGGGAGGAGGCCGAGAGGGAAGCUAAGAAUCUUCCACGUGCUGACAAGAAGGCCGUCAUCCAGCGUUUCCAGGAGAAGGUGGAGGCUCUGGAGCAGGAGGCAGCCAGCGAGCGGCAGCAGCUGGUGGAGACCCACAUGGCUCGGGUGGAGGCUCUGCUCAACGACCGCCGCCGCCUGGCUCUGGAGAGCUACCUGACCGCACUGCAGCAGGACCCACCCAAGCCUCGCCAUGUCUUCAGCCUGUUGAAGAAGUACGUGCGUGCCGAGCAGAAGGACAGGCAGCACACACUCAAACACUUUGAACACGUCCGCAUGGUGGAUCCCAAGAAGGCUGCGCAGAUCAGACCUCAGGUACUGACCCACCUGCGUGUCAUUGAGGAGCGUAUGAACCAGUCUCUGGGACUUCUCUACAAGGUACCUGGUGUGGCCGAUGACAUCCAGGACCAAGUUGAGCUUCUGCAGAGGGAGCAGGCGGAGAUGGCCCAGCAGCUGGCCAACCUGCAGACGGACGUGAGGGUAAGCUACGGCAACGACGCCCUGAUGCCCGACCAAGAGCUGGGAGACGGCCAGACCGACCUGCUGCCCCAGGAGGACACACUUGGCAUGGGGGGAGUCGGCUUCAUCCACCCCGAGAGCUUCAACCAGCCCAACACUGAGAACCAGGUUGAGCCAGUGGACUCUCGUCCCAAUCUUGACAGAGGCAUUCCCACAAGGCCAGUGACUGGAAUGAAGAUGGAAGCUAUUCCCGAGCUGCGGAUGGAGACAGAGGACAGACAGAGCACUGAAUAUGAAGUUCAUCACCAGAAACUGGUCUUCUUCGCAGAGGACGUCGGCUCCAACAAGGGCGCCAUCAUCGGCCUGAUGGUUGGAGGCGUCGUCAUAGCAACCGUGAUCGUCAUCACCUUGGUGAUGCUGAGGAAGAAGCAGUACACCUCCAUCCACCACGGAGUCAUCGAGGUGGACGCCGCCGUCACCCCCGAGGAGCGCCACCUGUCUAAGAUGCAGCAGAACGGUUACGAGAACCCAACCUACAAGUUCUUUGAGCAGAUGCAGAACUGAGGAGAAUGUCACAUGUACACACACACACACACACACACACACACAUACAAACAUCUCCUCCCAAACAUCAAACACCUCCCCUCCCUCUCUCUCCCCUCCCCCCCCCCCCUCGUCCAGUCCCACGUCUCCUGAAAGGCAGUGUGGCUUAGACCGUUGUGACUGAAAUAGUCAGUUACGAGCGUACGGAGCGACUGUAGCCAGGGUUUACUUUCAUUUCUGUCUGGGCGGACACUGCGGCCAAGUGUGCACCACGUUUGUUCACUUUAUCGGAGCAAGACGCCUUUUAAUUAAAGAAAGGCGUUUUUAUACGUUACUCCGUCUGGGCCUGCCGAUGUAUGGAAAAAGGCCCCGCCCAGUACAUCGAAACAAACCCGCUCUGGGGAAAGAAGCGCUUUCUCUCCGCACUGAUUCAGGGCCAGUGUAUAGUUGGUUUUCUUUGGCGUGGGACGGUUUUAGGUGUGGACCUUUUUUUUUUUUUGGCAAAUCUGACCAAUGAUCAGUGGGAUUUUAGGCGCACGCUGACCCUGGGCCUCGUUUACAGAAAUUGUUUGCAGAAUCAUCAUUUCAAAUCAUUAUCCGACAUGUUGACAUUAAUUUGUUUCAAUCAUAUUUGUAUUGAUUAUAUAUAAUGAAAUAAAGUCUUAAAUCAAGCAAGAUGAUUUUUCUAAACGAAGCCCAGUGUUCCCCCACCAACUGCACCACUACUGCACUCACUCUACCGUCUACACUGGAGUAUCCCCUCCUCCUCCUCCACCCCUCCCUCCACCCUCUUUUCUUUGCGCAUUCUUACGACAGCUGGGCUGUGUUAAGUCACACAAGGCUCUUAAGGAUAUUUGGAGAUGCUGAUGAUAAUUAAUAUGUUGAUGAUGACGAUAGUAAUUAUGUAUUCUGAAUGAGCUGUUUUUUAUUUUAGAGUUUUUUUUUUUCUCUUUUCGUUUCCAACUUUUGUUUUUCAAAAAAGAAUGAAAACGGAGGGAAAAAAAAGUCAACCGAUGUAAAGUCCUUUUUUUAAAUUGUGUGUAAUGUUACUGGAGUAAUGCUGAAGUCUUAGCUGUUCCUAUGUAGUGCAUGACAACAGGAUUUUGAAAAACAAAUAAAAAAAACAAGAUCUUAACGCUGCUCUCUUGAGAUCCUCUCACAUAUAGAUUGUCAUUCUAGCAAGAUUGUACAUUUAGUUUCUUCUCGUGGUCACGUGACUUCAAACAAUGAAAAAUAUAUAUAAAUCUAGAUGAACGGGAUCUGCUUUGAUAUCAUGUAAAAUACACAUUUAAAAGAGAUCUGUGAUUUUGGAAUUUAAGUGUGUUUCUCUUUUCUUUUUCAUUUUUUUUUUUAAAACCACGCUACGUUCCUGAAGCUACAGGAGGGGGGCUGGCUUCAUCUCUGUUUGUAUAUUAUUCUCAUUCACUGAAAUAUAUUGUGUUAAAGAUCCUUAUGCAUAGGGGCUCAGAAAUCACCCCCUUAUAAUUUUUGCUUUUCUGUUUAAUUCAUAUAACCUUUUUUGUUGGAAAAAGGCAUGUUGUGGGUGUGAAGGUUACAGGGAGUGGGAAGGGAAAUGGAAAAAUGGGAGGAAUCCGGCAUGGGGGAUGGGUUGGGAUUAUCUCUGCGUGUAUGUGUUUUGUCAUUUUCGGUCUGGUGUUUCGUCCAGUUGUAAGUCGACGCCGUCUAUUAUUUGGGUUUGUAAUAAUUUCUUCUGAUAGAACAAGUUGAGAGUUGAGGAGGUGGGGGAAGGAAGGUGAGGUAUAGAGGAAAUGACUUGCAGUUCCGGAUGGAUAGCCAGCCAGGCAGGCAGCCUGUGUAUAUAUAAUGGAUUUCCACUCCCCAGCACCUCCCUUUCCCUCCCUCCUUCCUAUUUCCUUCCUUUCCGUUCAGGCAUGCUGCUCACCUCUCUGCCAUCAUCGCACACUUGACUCCUGUAUAGAGAUGAAAGGCGUUCACCAUUGAGAGAGCUGACAGCGAGUCAGGGACGUGAAAGCAGGGAUACAAUGUCAGUCUCAGCAUCGUAGGCAAAAAAUCUCCCGUUCAUCUUCAUAAGGUCAUGUUAAAGGUCUGUCACCAUCUCAACAGUACAUCGAAAGAAAUACAGUGUGACCUCUCACUCUGUUAAUUCACCUAAUGGCGAGUAAGAUCUGUGAGGGAAUGGUGUUAAUAUGAAGGCUGCAGUGGGGUGGGUCCUUGGUUUUCAGAGUGUGCUCCAUAGAAGCCCAACAGAGGGCAGUAGAGUAGAAGAGGAAGCAGGAUUUUCUUUCUAUCUUUUUUUUUCUGUGGGUUAUAUAUUGGUUUUGUUUUCCACUGUGUAAUAUUGUGCAGGCCAUUUGCAUUGACUGGAAAAAACGCUUUCUACACUGUAUUCCAUAAUAAAGUUUUGAAUGUACAUACAAA